AUGGAAGUGAUCGGGCUAGUUGGCACCGUGCUCGGCGUCAUUGACGUGGCGACGCGAUGCAUAUCGUCCCUGGUGGAAUUGCGCCAGCGGAUGAAGGCGGCCAGCAGCACCGUGGAAUUUCUCUCGUCCCAGUUGGUCACAGUCCGAGCGGCGCUCGGUCAGAUCCACAGCUUGAUCGAGGAAUCCCUGAAUCAAGACGAACAACAUUACCAGCUCACGUUAGAUCUCGGCGUCGCCAUCAACUGUUGCAACCUUCUGAUCCGCCUGCUGGACGAGCAGAUCAGCAGAAUCCAAUACGGCGAUGAUGACGAGCCCACUUUCAACAGCAAGGUCAAUCUGAUCCUCGAAAGCAAGGGCAUUGAACAAUGUCUCACUCGACUCGAUCGACAGAUCAAUGCUCUCAAUCUGCUCAUCACUACCUUCCAGUGCCGAACCCCGAUGGAGCAGCACAGGGUUUUGCAUGAGCGACAGUCACGUAAGGUCUUUGACCAGAUCAAGGAUGAUUCUUCUUCGUUGAUUGUCCUGUGUGAUUCUGCGUCGUUUGUUACCCGACGAACCAAGACGACCACCGCCACCUCCAAGUUCUCCAUGAACUUUAUCUUCGAUGCCGAGAUCCUUCAGGCCAAAGCAUACAAGAGUACGAUGCGAUCGUUGAUGAGGAGAGCACGAAAUCAACCUGGCUCGGCCUCUUCUACUACGCCGGCCGGUUUUCAUCUUGAUUCGGCUUCGGCGACAGCGGCAAAAUGGCCCUUUGCAGGAAGGAAUGUCCGGAUAUCCGCUCCUAUGAAUGCCCACCAUAUGCAACACGUCGUCUAUGACGACGACACCGGCCAAUAUUCAGGCCUUCCGACGGAAUGGCAAAAGUUGCUCGCCGUUAGCGAUGUGGGCGAGCACGACAGACAGCAGCUCGAGGAAUGGAUUGAAAAAGAAAGAAGAAAUUCGACGUCAUAUGAAUUUCCACGGCCUGCCCCAGCACCACCCUUCUGA